AUGGAUUUUAUCCUCUCCCUGACGCACUUCUGCGAAGUGCAUGGCCCCACCUCCAUCAUCUGCUCGCAGGUCAUUCCCUUCGCCUGCACACAAUGUCAUCCCGAUGCGGAUGCCUCGCCCGACACCUCCCACUCCCCGCGUGAACCUCGAUCACCCCGAUCACCCCGAUCGCCCCGAUCGCCCCGAUCGCCUGGCACCACUCCCGAGGCCUCAGAGUCCCGGUCUCCCAAGAUCGAAGAUCAUCCCUACUUCCUCCGCCCCCAACAAGCGGCAGGAUCCCCCGAAGAGCGCUCCCGAGUGGGCGGCACGGAUGGCGACACAUGCGCCAGCUGUAGCUUAUCGCUCCCCGAAGGCGUGAGCAAGCAGCUGCCCUCAGGCGCGCCCGGCAGUCGCGAUGCGAAGGGUAGCAAUGGCAGCCCGGUCCUGCGAUCGCGCGAGGUCGUGUACUCCUGCGGCAACAGCCACUCCGACAUGGACGAUGAUCCCCAAGACGCGCACACCCACGCCUCGCCACCCGAGUCCCUGCGCUCCGUCUCCAUCGCAUCCGAUGCAUCAUGCCACGCGCACAUCCUGACCUACCUCUCCCUCCGCGGCCCCCCGAACCCGGCUGACUACGCUCUCCUCCGCCGCUCCUCCAUCCGCACCCUGAGCUGCGAGCUCCUCCCCCGCGGCCUGUCCGCCGGUCCGAUCUGUUUCGGCGACUCCGUGGCCGGCUACACGAUCGCCUACAUCUUUCGCCUCCCGGACCCGAUGGCGCGCGGCAAGCGGCGCAGUUACGCCUUGGUGGCACUCGCGGGCAAGGAUGCCGGAAGAGCAUUCCGAGCCUGCCCUGUCAUCUGGCGCGCAUUCGGGCGCAUUGCGUCCGGCAUUGUGAGCGCCGCCGAGCGCUUCCAGGAAGAAGAAAAGAAGAAGCGCGAGGAGCAGAACAGUGCGACCACUCAGCCCGGCGGCCGGCAGUACACCCCCGUGUCAUCAUUCCUCACAGGCCGCGCCAUGGAUUUGGCCGGCCAGCCGCGCCGCCUGGGCCAAAUUCGGGCGCGCAACCUGGCGGAGAUCGUGGGCAAUGAAUACAUAUUUGCCGAGCUCCACGCGCAUUUUGUCGCGUUGCUGCAGCAGUUGGGGACGAUGUUCGGCGGGGUGCCUAUCUCCGAGGACCGCUUCGUUUGCAGCACCAUGGGUGACGAGGUGUCCGCGGCGGCCACAGAGCCAGUCCUCGUGUCCCAAGGCACCGAGCGCUCCAAGAAGCGCCAGUCAGUCUCCCAGUAUGACAGCAAUAACCUCGACAUGUCCAAGCUCGAGAUUGCCUCUGGCCCCAAGCCGAUCCCCAUUACCACCACCACUCGCCGCUCAGUCGUGGCCUAA